AUGUCCCUAAAAACUGUUUUAGAAACCAGGGCCGACAAUUUUCCCAUAUCAGGAAAUGAGCUUUUCAACAGAAGAAAUGUGCUGCUGCUGCCGUCUUCUUCUAAGGUCAGAGGUCAAAGGCCCGACGACUGCACCCCAAACAAUCUAACGUAUUGUGACUACUGUUUCACAGACGUGGACACACAAACAUACGCAGACAUACAUGAAGGAGACCCAGAGGAGAACAUUCCACAACAGCAAAGAGCCGGGCGGCACGAACAUCCUGAGGAAACAACACUCACUUCCUGUCAAAUUAAGCCAAGCCGACGGCUGCUGGGGUUGAUAACCGCUGACCACUAA